AUGAACAGAGGAUUUGGAAGAUUCAAAUCAAGACGUGAAUACUGGAGUACUUUCAUAUGCCUAGCAUUGAUUGCUCUGGCCGCUGCUGCAUUCAUGCUCUUUCCGAUGGUCCUUGGGGGGCAUGCCCUGCACAGUGAGCCCAGCACAGACGGCUUCCACGCAAUAAAUUCCAUUGAAGGCGCAGGCAGCACAGACGGCGUUCAAGCACGGGCAGACAGCCCUUCCUAUUUGCAAAGCCCAACAGCACCCGAGAAAAGACUGCCUGCCGGCGAGCGCAUUAAAAGGGCCUUCCAGCAGUCAGAGGGAAAGGGCUUUAUGAAGUUCCUCUCUAGUCUGGGCCCAGGCAUUCUUGCCAAGAAGGCUGCACUGUGCGAAAUAUCGCAGGCUCCAGAAAAGUACGCGCACUUAGAACAGUUUGGCGGCGCAAUAUAUCCUCUGGCUUUGCAGACCCUGCGCUUUAUUGAGGAGUUCUCCCUGCAAAGCUUCACCCCCGCAUGCUUUGACCGUGUCGCACAGGAGCCCGUAUCCUCCGCUGCGCUCAGCAAAAACGCCUCCUUCUAUUUAGAAAGUGACUUGGCGAAAGAAAAAAGAGACAGAGGCCUGGCGGCCUGGGAGGGCAUGCAGCUGGGCGAGGAGCUGCAGAGUCUUUCUUCUGCUGUGCGCUUUUUCUUCCGGAUGCCCGGAGUGUUCGGCGACCUCCUGGAGAUGGGAGAAAGCAGCCCACUGGCUGCCCCAAGCGGCAGCUCUUUGAGGCACUUGCCAUCCCUGCAGCGCUUGAGUUGCGUGGCCCGCGGCGUGCUAGCGCUGCAGGAGCGCGCAGGCAGCGCAGAAGAGGCAGAAAAAUGCUUCAAAAAGGAGCUGGAGGCGCUGAAGGAGCACAUAAGCAGCCUUCCAUGUAAUUUUCAGAAAAUCUCCCCCAAGCUUUCGAAUGAGGUGUUUCUUCCAAUACUUCAGGCUAUUUGGGCGUUCUACAGAAAGCGCCCAGACCCCGGGGCAGAAAAAGCGCUUGUCGGAAGGCCCGUGUUUUUCCCAAAAGAAACACAAAUAAGCAUAUUCAAGUGGGAAAAAAAAACCAACACUAUCCUUUACGACCAAACCCACCCGUCGGAAAACAACAGCGCCCCGGAGUUUUCGCUCCUUUUUGCGCCCAGUGGAGUCUCUCUGCAGAGCGUGUGCUACGUGGACAACGAAGAGCAGGUGCGGAAGCCCGUCGUAAUUGUGCAGAGCAGAGCGCAAAUUCUCUGCAAAGAGGUUGUGAAAUACAUUGCAGCCAUGUACAAGAAGCCGCAGAAGCAAAUACAUGUGUUUUCAAUCAGCCUGCAAACGCAUGCCCUAACCCGAAAAGACCCAGAAAAAACUGCAUACUUCAGCGCAGACAAAGACAGCGCAGAGCUUCUGGCCUUCUACUACAUAGCGAAAAAGGUGUGCAAAGGCGCAAGCUUCACGCUUGCAGAGUUUAGGCCGCGCAAAGCAGAGGGCGCAGAGCAACGGAGGAGGGUUGUAUACCUUCCGCUGUUCCUUAGCGACAUGAUGGCCAGUGCCAUACCAAUGUCCCAGCAUGCGGGCAGCAAGGACAUUUCCGCACCGGGGGGCUUGGAGCGUGUCAAAAGAAUACAAAAUGUGCACAACGCGCUGCCGCUGGUGCUUUUGCACAGCGAUAAAAGCGCCGAAAGCCACUACCAAUCAAACACCGCCGAGCUGGGUGAUGUGCACGCUCUGGAGCUAGACAUGUGCUACGCUAUGUCCUCCAUUCGGGUUAUCUGCGAUCCAAGCGUGGAAGAUUGCGAGUUUAUUUCGUACAGAACCCGGAAAGUCGAGAAAGAGCAAAGCCAUCUUGUCUGCAUAGGAGAAAGCGCCAGAGAGCUGCUGAAGCAGGGCGGCCUGCGCGGCGUCGUUCUGCGCGCUUUGAUGGAGUAG